ACUUUUAAAAAAUGGGAAAGUGCCUAAAAUAGGCUCAGUCGAUUCUCUCCAUCGCUUUUAAAAUUCCUCUUUUUUUUAAUACGCGUCCUGCCCCCCCCCCCCCCGGAAAAUUUUCUGCGUACGGUCUUGCACCCAAUCCAAACAAGCUGACGCCGCUCCCGAUACAACAAUGUUUUUUACUUUGAAUAUUCAUGAUAUUUGCGGAAAUUAAAGACAAAUCAUAAAAGGUUAUCUUUCAUUUUCGCGAUUCAUAUUUCAUUCAGUUUUAUCGUUUCUUGGGUUUUUAUCCGGGUAUAUAUACGUACGGGAAGCUAUUAUUUACCGCUAUAGUUUCGCAACAUCGCUUGGUAAGGCUGUAAUUUCCUUAAUCAUGAUCUCUUCGUAAAGCAAUUUUACUUCAUUAAUCAUUGCAAUUUUUUUAUUAAUAACUGUUCCCCUUUUGUCGUCAGUAGUUAGAACUCUACGUUGAAGUUUUAGAAGUGUACUUUACAAUGGCGUCCAUUGUUACUGCAUUUAAGUUGCUUGGCAUAAUUGCUACCAUGGUGGGAGCACGGCCUUACAAACGGGACGUCGCAGGUGGGCACGAUGCGGAGGACUUCCAAAUGGAAUACGGGAUCCUAGACGCUAUGGUAGACAUCUGCGAAGAGAAAGCCUCUGACACGAACCACCGUGGUCGCGCUACGUCCGUCGACCAGUUUCUCGACGCCGUCUGCAUGGCAUUGACAGGUUCGCUUGAAGCAUCGGGCGACGGUUCAGAAGAAGGCUCUGGUGACGGAUCCGGUGACGGCUUAGAGGAAUGGAUCUACGACUUUGGUCCAAUAGUCGAGAUCUUCACACCCGACUGGGCAACUCAGCAACUCCUUAGUGCAUUCGCAGAGAGAGCGUGCCGAGCUGCCGAAGAUAUAGGAUAUGUUGACCAUGUUAACUUGGAAUCGUUCUGUCGAAACAAUCGACGUCCUAUCGACGGGGGCGAUGCCGAUGGAGAAGAUGGCAGCGGGGAUACUGGUAGUGGUUCAGGCGAAGGAGAUGAUAUCGACAGCGAGGAUGAUGACGAUAAUCAGGCCUUUGUUUGGAGUUCUUACUGGCUUCAAAAUGAUGUCUUUUAUUUUGCAAACGAUGAACAAUAUUAAAAACUGAAAUACUAAUUCCUGAAAACGAACACUGUUAAAAUAUUUGUCCCUUCGUAAUUUUUUUAAACUUCCAUUAGUAGAUUUUACAUUAAUAAGACAAAUUUCCCGUCUCAUUUUGACUUUAGUCUUACUCGCGGCCCGAAUGAUUUACUCAAAAUGUAUAAGUGCAUUUCAAUUUACUUGAUAAAGAAAAAUCAAAGUAAUUCUAACUUGCUUCAAUUGGGUAAAUUCAAUGCAAAUAAAAAUUUCAUGAUAAAAUUACUAAUCACUAAGUACUUUUUGUUGAAUGUACCAAUAAUUAAUUCAAAUUAACGUAUGAUUAUCAUAGUGAAGAAUAUGUUACUUUUUAAUAGCUAAAAAUAAAUUUAGGCAAAGAAUGAACAACAUCGAUCAUUAAUAGUCACUCUACUGAAAAUUCCAGUCACUUUGAGUUAUUGGAAGGUGGUCAAUUAUGGUAUACUGGGUUGCAAUUAUAAAUGAUCUUAAUGAUGAUAAGCAGAUUUAAACAGGCGAUCUGAAAAUUAUUUAGCAAAUUUAGAAUAUUUUAAUUCAUUAUCCUUUCUGUUGACGAAAUGGAAUUCACAACGAAGUUUUGUAAUUAUGUCGGACAUGAUUGAAAAGUUUCCCUUUAUUUAAAAAAAAUAGAAUAUAAUUUCAUCGUGUUUCUUGUCCUUUAUUGCUACCACCAUUGCUUUCUACUACUUCUACUACUACUAUUACUACUACUACUACUACUACUACUACUACUACUACUACUACUACUACUACUACUACUACUACUACUACUACUACUACUACUACUACUUCUACUACUACUACCAAUACUACUUCUUCGUCUACUAAUGAUUCAUAUACUCUGUUUUAGUUAUUUGUGUUCUUUUGAAUCAAUAAUGUUCUUACAUGUGACAUUGGUAAUUCGGAUAUUUGAUUUAAUUUGAUGAUUUUGCUGGUAUCUCUUGAACUAGGCCUACAUAAAUCUUAACCACAUACUCGUUGAACAAUCACGAAAGUGCUAACGCAGGUAAGGAAUACAACACCUUUUCAGCUACUCAAAGGUUAUAGUUUCAUUAUUAAAGUCUGCCACCAAACUGA